UUUUGUUUACGAAUGUGAAGUGUUAUAUUUGGGUGUCGUAUGGUAUGAUUCCAAUCAUAUUUCAGUGUAAUACCUUAAUAAUUCAUUUUGUUCAACAGAUUUAAAACAUUAUGAUCAUAAACUUAUGGGAAUCAAUCAUUAGAUGUUAUCAAAUUUAUGAUCGACAAAGUAAUUCAACUGUUAUGCUUAUUGUAUGUGAUUGAUCUAUAAAAUUAUCUUUAUUUUCCAAAUUAUUGUUCGUGAUUACUUUCAUAAUGAAGUAAAAAUGAGAAAGAAAUCUUGGCUUCCCACGAUCAGUGUAGAACAUUUCAUCUAUUUGAGAAUAUGAAUUUUUAGAACAAUUGAAACACUAUACUUUUUAACCUGUCAACAGCAUGACCAGCUUUGCCGAAAAUACUAAAUAUGAAGUUUGCUUUGUUCAAACUGGUAGUUCUGCUAAUGAUGUUACUGAAAAACUUCAGCUUGCUUUCGAAGCUAUGGAAUCAAACCAGAUUGAUCCAGUAUGGAUUUCAGCUCAAGAAUGUUUGCAAAUUACGAAAAAAGAACCAAAACUCUUUGUAAUAGAUCCGUUUGAGGGCGAAGUGUAUGAGCAUUUGAAAUCAGUUAGUUGCAGAAUAGUUGGACCUCUGUGUAUUUUGUAUUGUCUCAAGUGUGAAGAUGUUUUACCCAAACGACCUUAUCCUGUUUAUAGUGUUUCAAUGCGUAAGAUCACAGUUUCAUGUUCAAACAUUGAUACCAAAUCUCGAGAAGACAUAAGUAAAAAAGUGGAAUUUAUGGGUGGCUUCUUUAGUAAAGACUUGACUAAAAGUGUAACUCAUUUAGUUGUUGGGGAAGUUGGAUCAAAAAAAUAUCAAGUGGCAGCAAGUUGUGGCUUAUUAAUUAUGGUACCUGAUUGGAUCAAUGCCAUAUGGGAAAGUGGACAGCACUCACUUCUCCAUGCAACUGAUUCUUCCUUUGACAAAUAUAAAUGUCCUGUUUUUAAAGGGUUGGUCAUCACUGUUUCUCAGCUGAGUGCAGAAGAAAGAACUGCUAUAAAGUCUUUAGUUGAACGUAAUGGAGGGAUUUAUAUGGGUGCACUAAAAGCACGGGAAACUACUCAUCUUGUUUUAUCUGAACCUAGUGGGGAUAAAUACCGUUAUGCAAGGAAUUGGAAAGUGUUUUGUGUAAAUGUUAGUUGGAUUUAUGAUAGUAUUGAAGCUGGAUAUUGUAAAGAUGAAACUCUUUAUACGAUAGAUGAAAAUUCGAAACCAUUUCAGCCAAAACGUUCUACUCCAAAAAAAGACUUCUCAACAGAUGAUCUGCCUUUCCCCUUAGUUGACUGCAGUGCUAUUACAAAUGUUUCUGUGAUCACACAUUUAGAUGAGACAAUAAGGAGUGAUGCAUCAGGUCCAGUACACAGAAAAACUUCAUUUUCUGCUCUUGAAUCAUUUGAUCUUUCAUCAUUACCUAAAUAUGGGCAGUUCUUAGAUGGUUGUAAAAUUUUUUUAACAGGUUUCAGCCCAGUUCACAUUGAUAAGCUAAGGAAAAUCGUAAAUGCUGGCGGAGGAAUUAGAUUUAGCAAAUAUAGUGACAGUAUAUCACAUGUAGUUUGUGGUGAACUCAGUGAAGAUCUUUUACAGAACCUGAAAUCUAGCACUGUGAAACCAUACGUUGUAAACUGUAACUGGUUGCUUGAGUGCUGUAAAAAAGAAAAACUUGUGGAGGAGAAACCAUUUUUAUGCAUGGAUAUAUCUCAUCUAAGCCCAGAAAAAGUGGAACCAGAGUCAAAAGAGAUAGGUCCUAAUAAAAGUAUUAAUUCUUUGUCUAAAAAUGAAAAUAUUACUGGCGACAAUAUAACUGAUAUAUUUAAACAAUACAUUAAUCAUGAAACUCUAGAAGUGCAGAAUUUAGAUACUGUGAAUGAUAGAAAGAUAGAUAAAUCUAUUGAGUCACAUGAUGGAACAAAAUCUGUUGAUAAAGGAAAAGAAAGAGGUACAUUGAGAGCUGAUGAAGAAGAUGAUGAUGUUCUAGAUGUAAAUGAAGAAGAUGCAGUCACAAGCUCUAAGGAAUUAUUUACAGGACUGAAAUUCACUGUAGCAGGUUUUGGAGAUAAAGAUUCUGAAAUACUAGCUAUCAUGAUAGAAACUCAUUCAGGUAUGGUUCUAUAUGAUGAAAAUAUUCAUUCUUGUGAUGUUGCCAUAGUCCCCAUCAUUUGGUCUGAUAAUAUCUCUGUUCCAUAUAUUUUAACAAAUUGUUGGUUGCAAAAGUGCAUUGAAGACUGUAGAUUGUAUGAUUUUGAUGAGAAUGAGUUAUUUAGACCACUGACAGUUCCUUUAGACAAAAAACCAUUUCAGUCCUUUGUUAUAUCUGUUAGUCAAUAUAGCGGAACUGAGCGAGAUUGUUUGAUGUAUUUAGCUGAAGCAUUGGGAGCUGUUUGCCAAGAAUAUUUUGUUCGUAGAGCUAAUAAAUCUAAAGGAGUAUUAUCAAAUACUCAUUUGAUAGUAGCUACUCCUGAAGGAAGCAAAUAUGAAGCUGCUAAAAAAUGGAACAUUCCGGCUGUUACGAAACAAUGGGUCCUUGAUGCUGCAAAACAUGGUACAAUACCACCUAUAAGUAAGUAUAUGGUAGAGGCUGCUGCUUUACCAAUGGAACAUGAUACCAAGUCUUCUUCAUCUAGUAAAAAUGCAGCUAUUGAAAAGAUUAAUGGUCCUAGUACACAUGAAAAAUUCAAUUGUAUUGAUGCCUCGAUAUCAGAAGGAAAUCAUAUGUCCAAACCCACUGAUGAAACUGAACAAAAUAAUCAAAAUACAGUUUCUGUUCCUGUAAUAAAUUCUGACAAACAUCUAAAUAAGAUUUCAGAAUUAGAUCAAUUAUGUAAAGUUAAGGCAGAUUCUGUCCCUGUAAUAAAUUCUGAAAAAUCUUUAAAUAAACUUUCUGAAUUAGAUCAGUCAUGCAAAAUUACACCACUUUCUCCUGUAAUCAAUCCUGACAACUCUCUGAAUUCAACUUUGGAUCAGUCUUACAAUAUUAAGUUUCACGUGAGUGGUCUUUUAAGGGAUUUAGACUCUAGUAUGUCAGAUAGUCCUGCAUGCUCAAAAAGGAAGAGUUUACCUGUUGAAGAACUAUUUAGAAGGAAUUUAGCUUCGGCUGUAAGAGGUUUAAAUGCCACGUUACAAUCUGAAGCAGAUGGUGAUCCUCAAGAAUCUGAAAAAAGUAAUAUUGAGGAGAUUCAAGAAAGGGAAGUUAGUACUACCGAUGGUGUAUUGAAAGGAGUGGUUUUAUGUGUGUCCCGAAAAUUAAUCAAUUUACAAGCUAAAUUGAAUGAAAUAGUAAGUUCAUUGGGUGGUGAUUAUUUAUGUUCAUAUGAUAGCACUUGCACUCAUUUUGUUUUUACUGGGAAAUCAAAUGAUUUGGCAAAAGAAUUUCGAGAAGCUAGGUGUCAGGGAAAAAAGAUUGUAUCACCUGAAUGGUUAUAUGAUUGCAAAAAGCAAAACCUGUGGUUGAAUGAAGAAUUAUAUCCCCAUUCACUGAAAACAAAUAUGUCUCUAGCAGGAGAGAUAUCAAUUGUUAAAAUGUCUGGUAGCCAAAAUAAUUCUGUUCAAGAACAGAAAGAAAAACAGCCUAAACACGAAGAAUCACUUAAAGAGAAUGAUACCAUUGAUUUUAAUAAGCAAUUAAAGGAACUAUUAGUUGCGGCAACUAUUAGUUGCAAAUCUGACAACAAACGUCAGUCAAAAAGGCUGAUAAAAUCUUUUUGUGCUAGUCCAGUCAAUGAAGUGAAUCCAAUCCAGAAAUACCCUAGACAUUUUUCAGAUGCAUAUGUUAAAUCUAUGAGCUCAAUUGAAAAUAAUGCUGCUAGUGAUGAACCAGAUACUUGUUCUCAACAUUCUCAAAGUUAUCCAGUUACAUGGGAUGAUCCCACUGGAAGACUGGAACGCGAGAAAAUUGCUGCAAGAGCAGCAGCAAAUAAUCACAAUCUUAUAAGUGUUAAACAAAACUUACAAGAAAGUCUUAACUCUGGAAUAACUGUGCAAAACACUGAAAAAGAACUCGACUUAAAAAAUGUUAAUUUCAAUGACAUAGAUAAUGAAAUAUCUGUUGAAGCUGAAACUGUUCCCAUACAAAUUGUAAGAAAAUUUAUGUUCACCAAUAUUCCUGAACCUGAGAAAACAAAUUAUACUGAAAUUAUUCAAAAUUUAGGUGGUACUGUUUCUGAUGAGAAAACAUUUGAUAUAACGGCAACUCAUUUGAUUCUAAGAAAUCCCAUUAAGAAUGAAAAACUUCUAUCCAGUAUUGCAUCUGGCAAAUGGAUUUUGCACCCUGACUAUUUGAAAGAGUCUGAUGUACAAAAGCGUUUUUUACCUGAAAUUGAUUUUGAGUGGGGAGGGCCUGGGACAAGUAAAUAUAUGCAAAAUGUAGCACCAAAUAGUGAGAAAUUAGCUAAGUGUCCUAUUCGAUGGAGAAUGAAACUGAAUGGCAAUAAGGAUGUGUUUGGUGCUUUCCAUGGUUGGAAAGUAGUAGUUUUUGCAGAGGAUAAAGCUAAGCUUUCAACAUAUACUAAAAUUUUAGAAGCUGGUGGUGCUGAAAUCGUGCCUAUGUCUGAUGCAAAUUCUGCCUUAGAUACAAUAUCUCAUGUUUUUGUUGAAGUGAAAAAGAAAUGUGGUUGCAAAGUAGACUUGACCAGUUUUGUUUCCCAUAAUAUUAAAUGUUUGAAGCCUGAAUAUUUAGCUUUUUAUCUAACUGAAGACUCUUUACCUGAAGUGGACAAUUUUAUUUUAGCUGAAGCCAAAGAGUUAAUGGACAUAUCAACGUCUUCAAGUAAACGCCAUGCAGCGAGUUCUGGUACAAGGCUAAGUAAAAGGUCUCGUGUAAAAUAAAAUUCUCAUAAUAUAUAUUUUAAAUUAAACUUAUUACUUUUAUUUCAUCUGUGUAUAUUACAUUUCUGUAUACUUUUUACAUUUUGUUAAAAUUAGAAUUAAAACUCUUAAAAGAUCUA